AAAAUGUUAAACCUUAGAUUAUGUUAGAGAUUAAAAACUGGGAAAUUUCACUUUUACACGAGUAAAUCGACAAAAUGCUUCCGAAAAUAAACAUUGUGGUUUUGUGUGCUUUUUUACUUAUUAAAUGGACCAAUGGUUUUAGUUAUGAAGGGUAUAAACUCUAUGAGAUUGUUGCAAAUGAUAUGACCGAGGUAAACCACUUGCGAGAAUUGGAAAAACAAGAAGGUCUAAAUUUCCUCAAGAAAGCUCAUCAUUUGGGUGAGACGAACGACAUCGUUGCAGCUCCUCAAUAUCAAGAACAUUUUGAAAAAAUCCUGAAAAGCGUCGGUUUGAAGUACAAAAUCGUGGUAGAAAAUGUUGAAGAAAUUAUGGAAGCGGAAAGAAGAGCUACAUCACUUAGACCGUUCAUGAGCUUGGGAGAUGUUACGUUCAGGAAUUACAUGUUUCAUCAUGAAAUGAAUGCAUAUUUACGGAAAUUGGCUGCUCAAUAUCCCCACACAACAAAAUUGGAACAUUUUGGAACAUCAUUUGAAGGAAGAGAUAUGCUGCUUAUAAGGGUAUCCAGUGGUCCCAGUUCUAAUCCCGAUGUCCCCAAACCAAUCAUUUUUGUAGACGCGGGAAUCCACGCCAGGGAAUGGAUUGCUCCCCCUGCAGCGUUGUACAUAAUUCACCAGUUAGUUGAGAACCCUGCGAACGCAGCCUUGUACCAAAACGUAGACUGGGCUAUAAUUCCCUGUUUGAACCCAGACGGCUACCAAUAUACCCAGGAAGAGGACAGGUGGUGGAGAAAAACCCGUAGUAUCAUUCCAAACUCCGAUUGCAGAGGUACAGACGGCAACAGGAACUUUGAUUUUUACUGGAUGCACUCAGGAGCAUCAUCAGCCCCAUGUACCGAGAUUUAUGGUGGACCUCAUCCAUUCUCAGAACCUGAAACGCUUGCUUUAAGAGACUGGUUUUUCGCUAAUAACGGUACUGUCAAAUUGUACCUCACUUUCCACAGCUAUGGCAGUUUGCUACUGUAUCCUUGGGGAUACGAUCGUAUUGUGCCAGAUGACGUAGACGAUCUAAAGCAUCUCGGAGAUUUGGUAGCCGAAGCAAUAUACAAUGCCAACAAACUAAAUUCUCAAUACAUAGUAGAUACGUCAGCAAUAGCUUUGUAUUCAGCUGCUGGAGGUAGUGACGAUUGGGCGAAAGCAGUGGGAGGGUCAGAAUUGUCGUACACAAUCGAACUUCCAUUUGGAUCUUCUCGAGUCGGAUUCAUGAACCCUGCAAGUGAUGUUCUACCAAUUGUUGAGGAAACUUGGGCAGGUAUUGAAGUUUUCCACAGUUUUAUUGAAGAAAGGUUUUGGACCAACUUAACCACCACUACUACAACCCCAUCACCUUAUAAUAUACAGUAUAAACUCUAUGAAAUUGUUGCAAAUGAUAUGACCGAGGUAAACUACUUGCAAGAAUUGGAAAAACAAGAAGGUCUAAAUUUCCUCAAGAAAGCUCAUCAUUUGGGUGAGACAAAUGACAUCGUUGUAGCUUCUCAAUAUCAAGAAAAUUUUGAAAAAAUCCUGAAAAAUGUCGGUUUCAACUACAAAAUCGUGGUAGAAAAUGUUGAAGAAAUUAUGGAAGAUGAAAGAAGAACUACAGCACUUAGACCGUUCAUGGGCUGGGGAGAUGUUACGGUGUCUAGUGGUCCCAGUUCUAAUCCCGAUGUUCCCAAACCAAUAAUUUUUGUGGACGCGGGUAUCCACGCCAGAGAAUGGAUUGCUCCCCCCGCAGCUUUGUACAUAAUUCAGCAAUUAGUUGAGAACCCUGCCAACACAGCAUUGUACCAGAAUGUAGACUGGCCUAUCAUUCCUUGUUUGAACCCAGACUGUUACCAAUAUACACAGGAAGCGGACAGGUGGUGGAGAAAAACCCGUAGUAUCAUUCCAAACUCCGAUUGCAGGGGUACAGACGGAAACAGGAAUUAUGCUGGACCUCAUGCAUUCUCAGAACCUGAAACUCUUGCUUUAAGAGACUGGUUCUUCGCCAAUAACGGUACUGUCAAAUUGUAUCUCACUUUCCACAGCUUUGGCAGUUUGCUACUGUAUCCUUGGGGAUACGAUCGUGUUGUACCGGACGACGUAGACGAUCUAAAACACCUCGGAGAUUUGGUAGCGGAAGCCAUAUACAAUGCCAACAAACUAAACUCUGAAUACAUAGUAGAUACCUCAGCACUAGCUUUGUAUGCAGCUGCUGGAGGUAGUGACGAUUGGGCCAAAGCAGUGGGAGGAUCAGCACUGUCGUACACAAUCGAACUUCCAUUUGGAUCUUCGAGAUUCCAAUUCAUGAACCCUGCAAGUGAUAUUCUACUAAUUGUUGAAGAAACUUGGGCAGGCAUUGAAGUUUUCCACAGUUUUAUUGAAGAAAGGUUUUGGACCAACUUAACCACCACUACUACAACCCCAUCACCUUAGAAUAUACCUGGAUUAUACUG